UCACACGCAAACCAAAUUUUACCUCUGAGGCGUAUAAUAGUGGCGGGGUCAAUUAAGGGAGAUUCUGGUCAAAUAACCGAUUUUUUCCACCAAAAUGAGUUAACUCGCCAAGACGGAUUCGUCUGCUCGGCACGACCAUAAAAAUAAAUCCACAAUGAAAGCAGACUACGGGGAGAGAACGUCACACUGUGUCGGCCCUUAACUAGAUGUGAAGCUGUCAUCCUGUAUGAUCCUGAGCAGUGUUAAAACGACGGCUCAAUCCCUAAACGCCCGGAUGAGAGCAGCAGGCGACAUUAAGGGCAACAUGGUUGCAUGAACCGAGGACAAGCAUUCCGGGGGGGACGACAGCCACUGCUGGAAUCUGUGACAUUUUCGACGCAACCCACGGAGAACGGUUUCGGGAAAAUACAGGCAGAGAUAGAGGCGUGGAGGCGGAGAGAAACAGCACAUUUCCCCCUUGUGGUGUCCUAUUUCGUUGGUGAAGGAUCGCGCAGACAGACGGUCUCACACUAAGCUAUGGAAUGCUUCCUGCACCCACCAUCACUAGUCUCCAAUCUUUGGACUGAGCUCCAAACGCUUAGUUAGCGGCUGUGCUUCUCCCCUCAAACUCUUUAUAAUCAGGGGACGAAGAAAGGAUUGGACUUAACUUAAGUCCUUUGCUAAAAGCGCACAGAGCAGCACUUCUUUUUUUUUUUUUUUUUAUUUAAGCUAUUUUUGUUUUUCGCCACUUGGAUUUUUUUCUCUGUGAAAACAUAUCAAGAUGGAUCUGUCGCCGUAUCUGUGGAUGGUGAUCCUUGGCUUCAUCAUUGCCUUCAUACUGGCCUUUUCAGUGGGCGCCAAUGAUGUGGCCAAUUCUUUCGGCACAGCGGUGGGGUCCGGCGUGGUCACAUUGAAACAGGCCUGCAUCCUUGCAUCUAUCUUUGAGACACUGGGCUCAAUGCUGCUCGGGGCCAAAGUGGGUGAAACGAUUCGAAAGGGCAUCAUAGAUGUCAACCUGUACAACGAAACGGUGCCCGUACUCAUGGCAGGGGAGGUCAGCGCCAUGGUCGGUUCAGCAGUCUGGCAGCUAAUUGCUUCCUUCCUCAAACUGCCCAUCUCUGGAACUCACUGCAUUGUUGGCGCCACCAUCGGCUUCUCCAUGGUGGCCAUCGGCACCAAGGGCGUACAGUGGAUGGAGCUUGUCAAGAUUGUGUCAUCGUGGUUCAUCUCCCCCUUGCUUUCUGGACUCAUGUCUGGAUUUCUCUUCUUGCUCAUCAGACACUUCAUCCUCAGAAAGGAUGACUCUGUCCCCAACGGCCUGCGAGCGCUGCCCCUCUUCUAUGCCACCACUAUUGGGAUCAACACAUUCUCCAUCUUGUACACUGGAGCCCCAUUGCUUGGGUUAGAGAUGCUACCAGUGUGGGCCAUCUUUCUCAUCACUUUAGCUGAGUCGCUGAUCUGUGCAGCCCUGGUCUGGUUUAUCGUAUGUCCCUGGAUGAGGAGGAAAAUAGCAAGUCGUCUGAAGAAGGAGCAGGCGCUGUCCAGGAUCUCUGAUGAGAGUCUGGACAAGAUACCUGAAGAGGAGGAGGAGAGCCCCGUCUUUAAGGAGCUACCAGGAGCUAAGGGCACAGAUGAGGCUGUGUUGCCGCUCACCGGGGGCAACAGUGAACGGAGUACCCGCGACUCCAGUGGAGAGCUCACCAACGUGGCUAAUGGAGGCAAUGUCCUGCCAAAUGGCAGGGCGUACGGCCGGACCCACUCGAUGACCAACGGCUGCCUGAAGUCACCCAUCUCUAAUGGCAGCUUCAGCUUCGAUGGCCACAUGCGCAGCGAUGGCCAGGUGUACCACACAGUGCACAAGGACUCAGGUUUGUAUAAAGAUCUGCUUCACAAAAUCCACCUGGGCCGCAUGGAUGACACCGAUCGCUCCGGCUCCAACGCUGGCCCGGCAGACAACAACUACCGCCUGCUGCGGCGUAACAACAGCUACACCUGCUACACAGCAGCUAUAUGUGGCAUGCCCGUCCAGCCGCUCAUUCGCACAGAGUCACGCGAUGACAGUGAAAAGCUGGUCGGAGAGGGAGGCGGCAGGAGCAACAGCGUGUCCUACUCCAAGAAGAGGGUACGCUACGAUAGCUACUCAUCGUACUGUAACGCCGUGGCGGAGGCUGAGAUUGAAGCAGAGGAGGGUGGGGUGGAGAUGAAGCUGGCCACAGAGCUGGAGGGGGUGGACGAAGAAGGGGCUCCCGCUCCAGUGCCUCUGGACGACUUGGCCGAGGAGGAGCACGAGGAGAAGGAUAAACCUGAGGUGUUCCUACUUUUCCACUUCCUGCAGAUCCUCACCGCCUGCUUUGGCUCCUUCGCCCAUGGAGGCAACGAUGUCAGUAAUGCCAUUGGGCCCCUGGUGGCGCUGUGGAUGAUCUACGAACAGGGUGGGGUGAUGCAGGAUGCUGCCACUCCCAUCUGGCUGCUGUUAUACGGUGGUGUAGGCAUCUGCGCUGGCCUGUGGGUGUGGGGCCGCCGCGUCAUUCAGACCAUGGGGAAAGACCUGACUCCCAUCACCCCCUCAAGUGGAUUCACUAUUGAACUGGCUUCUGCACUCACAGUCGUGUUAGCUUCCAAUAUCGGAAUCCCUGUCAGUACCACGCACUGCAAGGUGGGCUCAGUUGUGGCCGUGGGUUGGAUCCGCUCCCAAAAAGCAGUGGACUGGCACCUCUUCAGGAACAUCUUCCUGGCGUGGUUCGUCACGGUGCCCGUGGCCGGCCUGUUCAGCGCUGCCGUCAUGGCCCUGUUCGUCUACGGCAUCCUGCCCUACGUCUGAGGAGGCACGGCUGGGAGGGCGAACAGAGGAGGAAGAGAGAGUCAGUGAAAGAGAGCGAGAGGGAAACUUGGGUAGAAAUCAUAGCUCGAGUGUCAGGGGUACAGAUAACGGAGAAGGAAAUGAUGAGAGAGCAAGAGUGACGGGGAAGAGAAGGAGAAGGAAGAGGAAGCUGCAGAGGUUAACAGAUGGACUUGGUUGUACUGUGGAUGUGUGAGGAGGGUUGGUUCAUAUGCUGCCUGGCUCCGUAGUCCAGUAAUUUUUUUUUUUUUUUGUCUCAUUUGAGUUUCUGAUCGGAUUUUAUUUAUUCUUUUUUUUUUUUUGGGGUGCAUAAGAAACGUGUUCACCAUACCAUUCAAUCUGCUGUACAUAUGACAAUAAUAGGGAGAUUUCCAUUACCUCUUAACAAGAAGUAUGGUUGGAGUCAUUUUCUGUCUUUUUUUUUUUUUUUAUUUUUAAAAAAAAAAAAAAAAAAAAGGCAGCACACGAUUGAAAAUAAUCGAACAGUUAAUCUGCACACCUAAACUACAGUAAAACUAGAUUGUUCUGCCUGCAAUCCCAGGUAGCAUAGUUUGUCAAGUGCUCAUUAUUAUUGUUCCAAAAUGCCAGAAAAAAAACCCUGUACAUAUUGUUGUAUUGGAUUGAGUGUGAUUUGUUGUUUUGCGGGCUUGCUUUAAAGUUAAAAAAAAAAAAAAGAAGAAAAGAUGUGCGUGCGGUAAACCAACCCAUCCAUCAUCUCACUCUUAACAUGCUAGCCAGGUACAACUAGGGCCAAAUGGAAAGGACGCAUCAGAGGGGGGCGGGGGGGAACUGUCACUCUGCUUUUUUUAUUUUCCUCAUGAUACCACAGAAACCUGAUUUGCUAAAGAGUUGAUUUUUGUCAAGAGCUUCUGUAUUCUGCUUUUAGAGAUGGAUCUCAUAUUUUUUAAUGAUGUAAUAUACUGUAAUUUGUACUGUAAAUACUGUCCUUAAAGAGUUUGGGAGAGGGGAUGUGGGAUCAUGGUUUGUUUUUAACGUAGUGGGGAGGGAGGAUCUCCAUGAUGUCAUAGUUACAUUAAUUGAUUACGGUGUGUUUCAUUCCAGAAAACACACACCCUAAAUGAACACACACACACUUGACAGGCUGCUGUUUUUUUUCCGGAGGCGUGCAGAAGUAUAUUGAUUGGAAAACGGUAUUUAAAUUGAAAGUAAUGAAGCCGUACUCAACAGAAAGCUGGGGAUAUUUCUCUCCUUCUGAUUUGAUCGUAUCAGUAAAAUCAACAGCAUUGGCAAACAAUUCUUUAGUUUAAAGGUUUCCUUCUUGAGAAAAUGUUUAGGUGGGUUUCAGAUGGGGAUAUUCGAUAGACUUAAAGUAGAAUGAGGUUUAGGUGCCGCAGAAGCCAAAAACGCUAAAACUGAACAGAACCAGAAACACUAAGGUCCCAUAGAAAUGUUCACAUAUCUUCAUGCGUAUGCCUUUUGUUUUCAUAUAUAAAACUCAGCUACUGGAGUCAUUUCCUCACAUUAAAGGCUCCCUGCCAGUGAUGGACCUCUACACCGGCCAUGUUCGGGUCACUUCAGACCUCCUGCCCGGUUUUGCCGGUCAGAUGACAUGUCUUAGUCCAGGGUUUACCUGUUUCUGUAGCCCUGAACCUCGGUCUCAUACCCCUGGUCAGCCUUGUCGUGUCAGACGGCGAUUAUGUGUCAUAUCAAACCCCUAUUAUAACUCAGCCAGUUAUGCAGAGGUGGAAAGAAAGGGGCUUCAACCCCAGCCACACAUGUAGCUCCUCAAAAUGGGCUGGUUUUUUUGUUUUGUUUUUAAAGUGUAGAAGCGUUUAGUCUAUUGAUCAUCUGCGUUUCAAUCAAAGUGCUAAAGGUUAGGUUGAUAACAUAGGGUCAAGUUUCAGGCUAAAUCGAAGCCCAGUGGUGGUUUUGAGGCUGCUCGUGUCACAAAAAAUAUCACAAGACUUUUAUCCUAGGAUCGUUAUGUGAGAUGGUAUCUGGGGGGGAUAGUACUGAUCAUCACCAGCUUUUUAACAGGGUCACCAGACCUCUAGACGAACAAAGUCUAAAGCAUUUUUUUUCCCUUUCUUUGUUUCUUUUUUUUUUUUUUUUUAUUUGAACAAACUCGAUGCCAGGUGUUGCAAGUUCUUUUUUUGUUCUUGUGGUGUGUUUCCUAAAAAAAAAAAAAAAAAUGUUUUUCUCAUGAACAAAUCUAUGCUUAACUAGCCACUUGCCUUGUAACAUUGUGUUUUACUUUGUGCAGAUACAGUUAAAUAAUAAGUAAUGUGGUGUUUACAUCGUAACCAUAUUGUAGAGUAUCUGAAGAAAAAACUGUUGCCUAAUGAUGCCAAUGAAAGACAAACUAUUAACCAUGAUUUUUUUUUAAGUGCAAGUAAAAAAAUAAAAUAACCUGAAGUGUCUAGAGAGAGAGAGAAAGCGAGAGCGUGUGCGUGCGUGCGUGUGUGUGUGUGUGUGUACGCGAUGACUCGUUUCUGUUGUAGUAGUAGUGCUAAUCAUGAUCCCCGUCAUUUUACACUGCUAUUACAAUGAGUUGACACUACAUGUAUGUGUGCAAUUCAGUAAUGAAGAGAAUGACUAGAGAAAUUUCAUCAAGACUACAGUAUAUAUUUUUCUACCAUAUCUGAGUUUUAACCUGGGUGAGCUUCCAGACACUUUGGAGGACACACUGUGGGGUUGAUGGGAAACUGGAAAACAGGGACUAGUUGUUAUAAGAUCUCUGUGAUACUGAGAAAUGGUCUUAUUACAAGUGUCUCGCCUCGCUGGUGCCAUGUGCCACACUUCCUCUAAGCCCCGUGUGUUCUUCUAGUAGAUUGAAGUGUCGGUUGCCAAUAGAUCAGAUUUUUAAAUUACCAUUUUUAUUUUUUGAAUUUUAGAUGGAAAACACUUUGUAAUUUUGUUUCCCUACUGCUUUUGAUCAUGGAGCUGUGAGAGCAGGACAGCAUCUUGCUAAAACCAGGACAACUGCUCACUGAAGGUGAAAUCUAGAAGCCAAAAUCUCCUAGUGGAGAAACCUAAAUCUUAAACUUGGUAACUGAUAACUGGACUAUGUUUCCUUGUUUUGGCAGGUAACCACUCUUGAAGCUCAUACCCUUUCACUCUUCCACGGCGUGUGUGUUACACAGGGGGCUGCACAGAGCUAGUGGAGGAAGUCAAUUUGGAGAAAAUAGGUCCGGCCUAGAAGAUCAGAUUUUUUUCCCUAUGGUCUUUAAAACAAGCCAAUGUAACUGCUAACUUCAAUAGCCUAUAGAAUAAAACUGUUAUCGUUUCAUAGAGAGCAACAGGCUAACUGAACGUCCAGCUUCCACUAGCUUUUAAUUCUCAGUGUAUUUUGCCAUAGAGUCUUUUUCAUCUGUCUGCAGAAAAGCUACUUAUUUUGUUGAUAUUCUAAAAUAAAUAGGCAUGUUACACAUUUAUACUUGGUAACAUCUGAGCACCUUGUCAUUUAUAGAUAGGAUAAAACAAUGAUUUUUUUGUUAGCAUGUAACAACAACGUUGAGCUACCAAGUGCAGACUUAAAACCUUGUUGAAUGCUAACAAAAUAAUAUGUAUUCAAGUUUGAAAUAAUAUGCUUAUAUGCUACUCUAGAGUAGUAGGAGAACCACAUUUAACAUGCUUCUUUCCGUUGAUGAAAGUCACUCUAUGGCAAGUCCUGUUGUCUGGCUGCAGCUGGUGGAUGUUUGUUGCUCUUGUGUUUAGUUAAGCAAACAAUGAAAUGAGACUGAAUCCACUUUCCUCGUGGUGGAUUAUGAGGUUUACUGGACUGAGGUCAGCCAGCAUGCUUCAGACAUCUGGUUUGUGCUGCAUCACCACCGUGCUCUGCAAGGCCCCUUUUUUGUAACUCACAUUGUCAUUUUCUUUUGUUUUUCCAUGCCAUUCUCAGCCCUGAUAGGCCAAAAGGGAUGCACUGCUCAAGAUGGGGGGAGGGUGUAAAAUUGUCUUCUGGUGACUGCGUUAAACAUAUCUGAUAGUAAUUUUCAUUAAAGCAACUAUGCUACAUGGCAAAUAUCAGAAGUAGCAUUGCUAUUAAUAUAUUAAAGCCCCUGAAAACUUGUUUUUUUUCAAAUAUGUGUUUCUUUAUAACAUUAAAUAAUGAUAAAGUUAAAGUUUGAAGGAAAAAAAAAACAUCUGUAGGUAUUAUUUAUCAAAGGUUUAACCCUAGAUAUAAAACAAUUGGUUUAACACUGAAAACUCUGCUAAUCUGGCUUGAUCGGCCAUUAGCAAACAACCGGUCGACUAUCGUCACAUGUCGUCGAUUCAUGAAAAUGCAUGAAAAUAUGUGACGUCACCUUUUUUUUUCAACAGAGCCCCGCCCACUUCAAAGCAGUGUGGAAAGCACAAAGAUAACGUGUUCUAACCUGCCGAUUGAGAAAAUAAGUUUCCGGGGCCUUGAGUCAGACCUUUUAUUGAGAUGAAUCAUCCUAUGAAUUAUAGAUCAAAGUGAAUCUUUAUUGAUACAUUUUAGAUCGUAUUAUAUCCUGAAAUCCAAUGAUUGUGCAGGUAAAAUUCGUGAUUAUUUUUUUUCAAAAUUGGUUUGGUAUGAAGUAUGAACGCAGCCGCUAGAUGACGUAGCCUGACCCCUCCCCCUCCCUGUAGAGAGGAACAGUCUGUUCCAGCUGAUCGGUAGCCAUCAGUGAGUGGCGGGAUUGCAUUUGAGGCAGUGACUGUGCUUCUGUUGCAUUAGAACUGUUGCGUGACCUCUUUGUAGAGAAACAGAAGGCGCCAUUUCUCUCUCCCUUGAAUGUGCAAAAACGAGCCGUUUGUGAAGGUGCAACCAUAUGUCAAUGGGUGCAACUCCAUCACUGUCACUCUGUGGUCGUGUAGCUCCACCUGCCUGGUGGAAUAGCGCCCUCUCCUGUUUGUGUGGAACUAUAGCACCGCCUCGCAGAGGUGGAGGGGCAUCAGUUCAGACCUUCACGUGCUGUCUCUAGUUUUCUGGUCUGUUUUGUAAUAGAAUGUGCUCCUUUGGCUGGCCUGCAGGCUUUACAGCUCUGUGUUGUCUUUUAACUGUUUACUGCUAUUUAACUGUCCGGUCCUUCAAAAGUAAAAAAAAUUAAAAAAAAAGUGAAUAAUAAUAAUAAAAAAAUCUAUAGAAAUUGUAGCCUGCUUCUACAAAAAAAUCUUAAAGCUCUUCUGAUUUGCAUAUAUCGUACUGUAAUGUUUUAUUUAAGAUUUUAGUGAAGAACUGUCUGCAUUUAAACUAAAUUAUGGGAAUUAAAAUUACAAAGAAUACUGAAAUUCCA